AUGUUGCUCCGUCGCGAUCUGUCUGAUACCACCAUAAUCCGCAUAUUGACCCUUACUGUCACCUCUAGCCUGCAGCAGGCGGAGUCGUUUGUUCAGGUCACUCUCACUGUACCUGUCCUGCCAACAUCAACGCAGCCCGUGAAUCCUAUUCUUCUCACGUCUUCCGAACAGCUGCCAGUCAAUUAUUAUGCUUCCACUUCUGGCUCGUCGUACACGCCCAGCACUUCCACGGCGUCCUCUGCUCUGACAACGAUGCGUGUGCUGUCUGCCACGCCACUGCCAUGGAAGCCAAUGUCAAAGUCUCUGAACUCAAAUUUGGGACUUGCAAUCGGCAUCCCCAUGGCUGUGGUGGCAGCAGUUAUUCUUGCGUGUGUGGCGUGGCUCGUUAUGCGCAAAGUGCAUGGCCAACUGCCCGAUGUCCUUGCAGUUGAGAAAACGUCGUGGCGUCCAACAUCUCCCGGAUCCAAGGGGUUGGGUCCACGUCCAGAUCCACCAAAGCGCACGUUUCUCAACCGCCUAAGCCGUAUCCUGGAUUGGCCCGCAUCACCGGCGUCAUUUUGCCCACCGAUACUUCGUCGCUUCCAUCUUCUGGCCUCGGAUAAGCUGCCAAAUCCACCACCCCCUCCAGAGAAGCCUACUGUCAGUCGUGUAGUGGUGCGAUCAUACACGAAGCGUUUAGCAGAUGAGUUGUCCCUUCUGGUAGGGCAAUCUGUAGAGGUGAUCCAAACUCAUCUGGACGGAUGGGCUCUGGUUCGUGUGGACGGCAACGAGGGUGUCGUACCAAUGGCGUGCUUAGGUAGGUCGCAAGGCAAAUGA